GUCAGUUAGCGAAUGUGAAUGUGCGAGCACAGUGAUCGUGCUGGUCCAUUUUGUGAGAUGAAUUUAAAUAACGAGAAGGAAACGGAAAUUUAUAUUUUGAAUAAAAAAUCGCUUAUUUUCGAUGGAAUAGUGAGAUAAUUUUCUGAAACGCACAAAUCAGAUUUGAUAAGAACCAGUGUAUCAAUGUGAUUAAUUGGAUUAAAACCGCGAAUAUAAUCAGGCACUCCAGUCGCUGAAAAGGAAGGUCACUGUGCCUCACAUUUUUUAAGGUAAGAGAAGAGCCAAAGGUCUACAAGAUUUGAUGGAUUCGUUGGGGUAUUUCCCACUGCAGAAAUGUGGACUGCUAACAUUAUGCCUCGCACUUGCUCUGCCAACUGCUCUCUCUUCCUACAACGUUGGUGUCGGAAUUGCAGACACAACAGGUCCUGUAGCUGAAGUUACAUUUAUGGGAUAUGCAAAUAUUGAACAGAAGGGUACAGGUCUCCACCUUCGAACUUUUUCUCGAGCUUUCAUCAUCGAUGAUGGCGAGAAAAGAUUUGUUUUUGUUAGUGUGGAUAGUGCCAUGAUAAGCAACGGCGUCAGACAAGCGGUUCUUAAAAGACUGGAACGGCGAUUUGGUGAUUUAUAUACCGAAAAUAAUGUUAUGAUAAGUGGAACUCAUACACAUUCAGCUCCAGGAGGAUAUAUGAUGGAUGUUCUUUUCGAUCUCACGAUAUUCGGUUUUGUGAAGCAAUCAUUUUUCGCACUCGUGAAUGGAAUUACAAAUAGUAUAGAAAGGGCCCAUAAAUCAGUGGUCCCUGGACGAAUUUUUGUAACUCAGGGUGAAGUUUUAGAUGCCAAUAUUAACAGAAGUCCUCAGGCCUACCUAAACAAUCCCGAAGCAGAAAGAAAAAAGUACAAAUAUGACGUGGAUAAAACUUUGACACAACUAAAAUUUAUUGCCACUAACGACCAACCCCUUGGAGUCAUUUCCUGGUUCGCAGUUCACCCCACGAGUAUGAAUAACACAAAUCAUCUGGUGUCCAGUGACAAUGUUGGUUAUGCUUCAAUUUUAUUUGAAAAAGCAAUGAACAAUGGUUCCCUGCUCGGCAAGGGUCCAUUUGUGGCAGCGUUCGCUUCUUCAAAUUUAGGGGAUGUUUCACCCAACACUCGAGGUCCAAAAUGCGAAUUUACUGGAAGUUCUUGCACCGCAGAAGACAAGUGUCUCGAUAAGAAUGAAAGAUGUUUCGCUUCCGGUCCCGGAAAUGACAUGUUCGAGAGCACAAGUAUCAUCGCUCACAAAUUAUAUCAAGAAUCUUUGAAUUUGUGGCAAGGUGGAAACUCGAUUGAGGUGAAAGGACCAAUUAAUUUUGUUCACCGAUUUGUCGACAUGACAAAACAGAAGGUCAAUUUUUACAACGAGACCUCCAAGAAGGUCGAGGAGGUGGAAGGUUGCCUCCCGGCUAUGGGAUAUAGUUUUGCCGCCGGCACUACUGACGGUCCAGGAGUUAACUCCUUUGAACAAGGAACUACGACCUCUAAUCCAUUCUGGAAUACAGUAAGGAAUUUCAUAGCUACUCCUACAGAGGAGGACAUCCGCUGUCAUGGCAUAAAGCCUAUUUUACUAGCUACUGGAAGGAUGCGUCUACCUUACGAGUGGCAACCUAAUGUGGUGUCUACUCACCUAGCUAUUAUUGGAAAUCUUGUCAUUGCUGGAGUACCUGGUGAAUUCACGACAAUGUCGGGAAGAAGAUUAAGAGAGACUAUCAAAACUGCAAUUGAAGAAAAUGGAGGAGAGAAAGAUUCGAUUGUAGUUGUUGCUGGGCUCUGCAACACUUAUACUGACUACAUAACCACACCAGAAGAGUAUCAAAUUCAGAGGUACGAGGGCGCGUCGACCAUUUAUGGACCGUACACACUACCAAUUUAUUUGAAACAAUACAAGGAGUUGACGAGAGCUGCCCUCCGUAGAAUUCCCGUAGCCCCUGGACCAGACCCGGAAGAUUUUUCAUCAAUAACGUUGCUUAGCCUUGUUCCACCAGUCAUCUUUGAUACUCCAUCAUGGAAUCGAUCAUUCGGUUCUUGUAUUCUACAACCUCCGAAAUCCGCAAAACCAGGGGAUACAGUUACAGUUGAAUUUGUAUCGGGUCACCCCAGAAAUGAUUUGAUGACCGAAAGAUCUUUCUUGACCGUUGAAAGAUUGGAACAAGAAGAAAAUUGGAUUCCAGUAGCAACGGACGCCGAUUGGGAAACGAAAUUCAUAUGGUCCAGAACAUCAUCAAUACUUGGUUCAAGUAAAGUAACAAUCAUCUGGACAAUUCCAGAAGUUGUAGAACCAGGAGAGUAUCGUAUUAGACACAAUGGGAAUUAUCGUUACAUCUUUGGAGGAAUUUAUUCCUACCAGGGUGUUACGAAUCACUUCCAGGUGAUACAUAAUAAUAACGUGGAAUAUUUUUCACGGUUAAAUUAAUUUCACAAUAAUUAAAAAAUUAAAAAAGUCAAAUUUUCCCAGUGCUUUCAACGAAUAGUUAUUAGCAUCAACGUGAUGUAAAACCAAAUACGAAUACCUUUGAGCUUGAACCAUUUCGAUUACUUAAAUCACUGUGAAUUUGCUCAAAGUACUUUUAAAUAAUUAAUUAAUUAAUUAAUUAAUUAAUUAUGCAUUAAUAAAAUUAUAAGAACUGCUAUUUUAUAAUAGGCUUGAUCGACCUAUAGAAUCGAUUUUACGCUUAAACUUUGAAAUGUAAAAUUUCGAAAUGUAAGGCAAUUAUUGU